AUGGGAGCCAAGGCAAAUGCAAGCCUUGAUCUCUUACCUGUUUUCCUGACUGGCAUUCCUGGCCUGGAAGCUCAGCAUGGCUGGCUCUCUAUCCCCUUCUUCACCAUGUACAUCAUAGCUAUUGUGGGCAACAGCUUAAUCAUGGCAGCAGUGCAAGCAGACCAUGCCCUACAUGAACCCAUGUAUCUCUUCCUCUCCAUGCUGGCCAUCACUGAAGUGGGUGUCUCUAUAUCUACACUACCGACUGUCAUGGGCAUCCUUUGGUUUGAUGCCCGCCAGGUGGACUUUGAUGGCUGCUUGGCCCAAAUGUUCUUCAUUCAUACCUUUUCCUGCAUGGAGUCAGGUGUCUUAUUGGCCAUGAGUUAUGACCGCUUUGUAGCCAUCUAUAGUCCACUGAGGUAUACAGCAAUCCUGACCCUGCCCCGUAUCAUUUCCAUAGGUUUGGGCAUUACACUGAAGAGUAUGGCCCUCAUGGCUCCACUUCCGAUCCUUUUGAGGCAACUGCCCUAUUGUCAUACUAAUAUCCUCUCCCAUUCCUAUUGUCUCCACUCAGACCUGAUUCAGCUGCCCUGUGCUGAUACUAAGCUCAAUAGCAUCCUGGGAUUGGCUAUUGUCCUGGCUACUUUUGGGCUAGAUUCACUGCUCAUUGUGGUCUCAUACGUGCUGAUUCUUUAUACUGUACUGGGUAUUGCCUCUGGUGAAGGAAGGAGGAAAGCCCUGAACACAUGUGUGUCACAUAUCUGUGCAGUACUUGUGUAUUAUGUGCCUAUGAUUGGCGUGUCUGUGAUGCAUCGUGCUGCCAAGCAUGCCUCACCCAUGGUACACACACUCAUGUCUAGUAUCUACCUCUUUGUGCCUCCUGUACUCAAUCCCAUAAUCUACAGUGUUAAGACUCGGCCAAUUCGACAAGGAAUCAUCAACUUGUUCAUACGUAAGAGAGAAUUGCUUUGA